AUGGUAACAGAGUUGAAACGGAUUGCUCUUUUAGAAGAAGGAUUAGAUUACGAAGCUGACUUAUUUCGCUGCGAAACAGCACCUCUCGCCAGUGAUUCUUGGCCCCCCAGCUUGAACCAUCUUCCACUGGUAAAUGCACGGGAGGACGCUGUAGCUCUUGGUGAGGACGACUGGCCACGAACUGCGCCUCGCCAACGUAGCCAGACUGAUGUCGUGGCUCGCGGCAUGGCACAGUUAUCUCGUGCCAGGCGCCUUCAUCCUCGUCUAUUCAGUCGCCUCCUCCGUUCUAAGCUAACUGGUGGCACUUCCGCCCUCGCAAAUGAGAAUGAUGGAUCUAAGAAGGCUAGAGAUGCGUUUGGGCUUGGAUCUGGAGAGGAUCCGUCUUCGGUUAAGACUUUCAAGCUUCGAGACAGCCAAGGAACGGAAUCACGAUUUCGUUCGCGAGUCAGGCGUACAGAUGCCACAGGUAUUCAGUUGGUGCCGACCGAAAAGGAGCCAGCCUGGAUGGUGGUGCUAUACAACAAUGAAUUUCACAACUAUGAUCAAGUUAGUGAGUUGUCAAUAUGCUAA